AUGAAAACCUUUUCGUUUGCUCAAGCAUAUUCAAGCAAUAAUGCCCCGCUCCCUCUCGCUUUCUUUCCCUGCAUUAUCACUUUUUCUCUUUUGCUUCCACCCUGCGCUUCCCUCUCCCAGGAUGGCCUAAUUCUGCUUAAAAUUAAAAAGGCAGAUUGGGGAGAAACUAAUAUUUUGAGUGGAUGGAAUGAAUCUCACCAAACUCCGUGUGGUUGGAGUGGAAUCUCCUGUGAUACAUUCAACACCGAUACCAAAAUUGAUCUCACGGUUCCUUUUCUUUCUAGCAACUUGACAUUUGCUAUAUGUAGCCUUCCUAAUCUAACGACGUUGAUUCUCUCAUUGAAUGAAUUCAGCGGUUCUUUCCCCCACGGCCUCUUGCGGUGCAGGCGUUUGAGGAAGCUCGAUCUGUCGUCAAACCACGGUUCCUUCCCCGACGGCCUCUUGCGUUGCAAGCGUUUGCGGAAGCUCGACUUGUCGCGAAACGAGUUUGCUAGAAGGCUGCCCAGUCGUAUCUCCGAAUUGAGCGAGUUGAGGAAGUUGUACCUGGAUUAUAAUGAUUUCAGUGGCUCCAUUCCUCCAACCUUUGGAAUGCUGUCAAAGCCUGAAGCUCUCUUCCUCGACCACAAUAGGUUGAAUGGGACAUUUGAAGUUCCCGGGAAUUUGAAGUCUCUGGUUAGCUUCGAUAUUGGCAAUAAUGCUCUGCAACCUGGUGUCGUAACGAGAGAGCUUCGGAAUUCAAGGCAACUGCGGAACAUAGGGCUAGAAAACUGUAAGAUUGUAGGCAGAAUCAUUUAUGGGGUAGUAUUCCUUCGGCAGUUUGACGCAGCUGGAUUGGUUGGAUAUGUCGCACAAUCAUCUACGGGGUAG